UUAGUAAUCAGAAAAGUGAAAUUUAUCAGCGGAAGGAAACAGCUCAUCCUAAUUCCAGCCUUUCCCCAUGGAUUUAAUCCAGGAUUACGAGCAGCAGUACGCUGUUCUCACGGCGGAAAUAACCGCCCAAAUCGGUCGCCUUAGCACAUCGUCCGGAGGCGAACGAAACAAACUGAUAUCGGAUAUCGAUCGGCAGCUGGAGGAAUCCCAGGAGUUGCUGGAACAGAUUGGGCUGGAAAUCCGGGACAUUCCGCAAGCGAACCGACCGGGGUACACUUCGCGGCUCAAUUGUUACCAGGCCGAGUGGAAGCGACUGCAGCAGGAAUUCACCAAUGCCAAAAAAGAACGAUCCAAGGGGUACGACUCGGUGGAUGAGUUUGACGAGAUUGGCAUCCAGGAAGACCAGAAACGGAGGCUGCUGGACAAUAGCGAACGGCUGGAACGGACGGGUAAUCAGCUGAGGGACAGCUAUCGGGUAGUGCUGGAGACAGAACAGAUCGGCAAUCAGGUGAUGCAGGAUUUGAGCCAACAACGGGAAACGAUUCAACGGGCGAGAGGACGGCUACGUGAAACCGACGCCGAGCUGGGACGAUCUUCGAGACUGCUGAAUUCCAUGAUGAUGCGAGCAUUGCGGGAGAAAAUUGUUCUGGUUUCCGUGGCCAUCGCGAUAUUCCUUGUACUGUUUCUGAGUAUUUACUUUUCGAUUUCAUCGGAUUAGGAUAGAGAUGUGUGAUCAUAUGUUAUACAGUCAUGUAAUAGCCUAUUUUAUUUAGAUGUCUAACUCACAAAGCUGUGUAUGUUUUUAGUAACGAUAAUCCUUAUUGUUUCCUGUAAAUGAUUGACUAUACGAUAUCAUCCGUAAAUAAAUACGAAAACAUUCCUGAAAA